CCACACUAUGGGUGUGUGAUAGUCUCUUCUGUAGACAGUUUACGUUACCGUCUAGGGUGAUCAGUAGUGUGUGAGUUCUCACAUGGCUUGUCCUGAGAACAUGUUUUUUCUCAUUGGCCUCUUUAUUUCAGGUGUUUUGGCCUGUUUUGGCCAACGAAAUUUGAUUGCCACAAUGUCAGAUAUACUGGAUGUACUGACUGGCUCCUGUGUGCAAAUCCCAUGUGCAUUUGAUAUUCCUGACCAAAAUUACUAUAAAUUUAACAGCACAAUACUUACCUUUGGAGUGUGGAUAAAAAAAUCACCACGGUUUGCUCAGAGUCCGGACAAUGUUGUAUUUAACAGUAGUAAGACGGUCAACAGAUAUGAAGGGAAGAUAACUGGAAACAUUUCCCAGAAGAACUGAACCACAGUCUUCUUCAAUGUAACCACCAGUUACUCUGAUAAAUACUUCUUCAGGAUUGAAAGUCAACCAUUCCGUGCAACAGACCCUGAAAAGUAUGUUGUUAUAGAUGUCAUGGAUUUGCCUCCCAGCCCCAACAUUACUGUCUCAGGUGAGGUGAAGGAAGGGACCCCUGUCAGUUUAAACUGCUCUGCUGUCGCUCCCUGUCCCGAACACCCCCCUGAGCUGAUAUGGACUCUCCCAACACAGUUCACACCUGAGAACCAACUGCAGGAGAAUCCAGACCAAACCAAAUCAGUUCUCUCCACGGUGAAUUUCACUCCGUCAUACCUUCAUCAUGAGAAGAACAUCACUUGUACUGCAGUCUACCCAGUAGGGACAAGCAACAAGACAGCUGAACAUACCAUGAUGCUUAACGUUUCAUUCUCUCCUAAGGACACCUCAGCCUCCAUCAGUCCAGCUGAUCCAGUAUUAGUGGGCAGCUGUGUUAAUCUGACCUGCAGCAGUACAGCCAACCCUCCUGUGACAAACUUCACCUGGUUCCAGAUCAGUGGGGGUAAAACAACACAGGUAGCAUCUGGACAGAGUUACACCCUCAAUGUGACUGUUGGUGAUGGAGGACUGUACUACUGUGAAGCAAGAAAUAGUCACGGCUUUGGGAAGUCAAAGGAAGAGAAGCUGGCUAUUAAAGGGCAAGAAGAGCCUGUUAACCCAAUGGUUUCUGGGAUUGCAGCAGGAACUCUGGGGGUCUUUCUGCUUAUCAGCCUGAUCAGUCUUUUUGGAUGGAGGAGAAACUCUAGGCUCCCCGAUGGACUUGAAAGGACGGACAAUCCACAGGGACAGAACUCCCCGGUUGGGACGGUGUGUGUUAACCAGACCACAGCCGGAGAGAAACCAGAGGAACCUGCAGAAGACCAGCCUGAAGAGAUCCACUAUGGUGACAUAGACUUCUCCAAACUACGGCCCAAAGAGACCCCAGCUGCAGCCCAGGACAGGAACAGGGUCCAGGGGCAGGAGAGUGAGUACGCUGAAGUCAAUGUGACCAGGAGAGGGCCCCAGGAACCACACCUUAACUACAUAGAUGGGCUUUAUGCACAAGUGAAUAAAAGAGGUGCAUUUUAAGUAUUUUGGAUAUAUACAGUAUGUAUUGUGAAUUUGCUGUCUAUUGUUAUUUUUGAUUUCGUAUUCAUAAGUUUGUGAACCUCAAUUUCUGCAUAUUUGUAGAAUUUUCUUGUAUGAAAAUUGUUUAACUGUUUAAAAGUGCCGUGCCACCUGAUAGUUCAAAUGCAGUUUAAGGCCAUAUAAAGUCAAUGAUGACAGAGGAUAUAUGACACAAUUAUUUGGCUGAUACAAGACAGGAAGUUGGUGAAGUAAGUCAACAUGACAGCAGAAUGGUGUUAACAUCUACUAGUCACUGUUUCUCUGCAUCUUUUGUGCAGUUACCAGAAUAACAAUAUUAUCUGUAAUAGGAAUUACCCGGUGAACAAAAAAGAGCAGUCGCAGAUAAAGUCAAUCAUAAAUCAAUCUGGAUUAAUACAAGUUGCAACAGGGAGACAACAUCCAGCAUAGAAGCAGAGAAAAUGUCUAACUGAUAAAGUAUUCAACCCCCUUAGCAUUUUUCCUAUUUUGUUGCCUUACAACCUGGAAUUAAAAUAGAU